CUAACAUUCUGAAAUGGUUGUAAUAAUACAGAAUGAUGUUCCCCUGGAACGUGAUGGUUGUCCAUGGUAGUCCACACUAACUUGUGGGGGAUUGAUCCAUAGGCAUUGGCCAGGUCAAGCCAGAAAACCAUCUGUUCUUCUGCGCCUCUUGAGUGAGUUGGGUCACCACUCCUGUAUGCUGCAAACACCUGGGCAUUCCUAGAGUACCUCCCUUCUGCACAAAUGUAUAGCAACCAUUCCUGGAGCAGAAAGCUGCCAGCCGCCUUGCGACUAUGCUGAAAAUUAUCUUUCCUUCAACACGGCAAUAAGAUGAUCUUGAACUGGUCGAUGUUCUUGUAGUGUUUCAGGAUGCCAUCAGCAAAUUUCCACUGCUCAGCCACUUUUCCUGUCUGUGAGUAGUUGGGACAGUGCCUUUCCCAGAGUUUCAUUCUGAGAAUCAUCCUCAUGAACCUUCUCUGGGCUCUCUCCAAUUACAUCCUUUCUGAGAUUUGGAACUCAAAACUGUUGACAGUACUCUUAAGUGCAGCCUGAUUAGUGUCUUAUAAAGCCUCAGCAUUAUCUCCUUGCUCUUAUAUUCUAUUUCCCUUGAAAUAAGAUAAGAUAAAACUUUAUUUAUCCUGAAGGAAAUUAUUGUUGCAAGGUUGCUCAGUCAGAAAUAUAAACUUUAAAAUACAAAAUGUAAGCAUUGAGGUAAAAAAAAACAAAAUGUGCAUUAAAAGUAAUAGUGCAAAAUACAGAUGUGCAAUGAAACCAUAUACUUAAGGAAGAGGAGUUGUAGAGUCUUUAUAGCCACAGGGAGAAAGGAUCUCCAGUGUCAUUCAGUGGUACACCUCAGUGGAAUCGGUCUGGUAUUAAAGUUGCUCUUCUGUUUGUCCAGUAUGUCAUGGAGUGGGUGAGAGGGAUUGUCCAUAAUGCUCUGUAGCUUCUGCAGCAUCCUCCUCUGAGACACAGCCACCAGGGAAUCCAGUUCCACCUCCAGAACAGAACCAGCCUUCCUGAUGAGCUUAUCGAUCUUCUUGCAUCAGCUGCUCUCAUUGUGCUGCCCCAGCAGACUACAGUGUAGAAUGGAAGGUUGGCCAAACUGAGUUGGAGAAUAUCUGCAGCACAGCACUGGAGACCUUGAAUGACUGGAACCUCCUCAGGAAGUACAGUCGGCUCUGUCCCUUGUACAGAGCCCCCAUGUUUUUAGUCCAGUCUGAUUUAUUGUCCAGAUGCUAAUUGGAUUAGCAGGAUAUUUGACUGGAUAUGAUGGCACUUUUCCCUUUAAGAAACCUGGAGACAAGUAUGAACACCACCAUUACUAUGGCAUGAGAGCGGUAAGGAAUCUCUGUGCAAUCCUGGGGUCUUGCCUCGUUCCCUUUGCAUAUCUCAUUGUUUUGGAGCUGACCAGGUCACUCACUGCUGCACUUGUUGCUGCUGUUGUUCUGAUAUUUGAUACUGGAUGUAUAACUAUUUCACAGUAUAUCUUGUUGGAUCCUAUCCUAAUGUUCUUUAUUCUGGGAGCAGUCCUGUGCAUGCUGAAGUUCAAUGCCAUGAAGGGCAGGCCUUUUUCUCUACCUUGGUGGCAAUGGUUGAUAUUGACAGGAGUUAACAUUGCUGGAGCCCUUGGAGUAAAAUUUGUUGGAAUCUUUGUGAUCAUCCUCAUUGGAAUUAACACUGCCAGUGACCUCUGGCACCUUCUGGGAAUUCUUGACGUAUCUUUGGUUGAGUUUGGAAAACACUUGCUAGCUCGAGUAUUGUGCCUUAUUCUCCUGCCUCUGGUUUUCUACACAACCUUUUUUGCAAUUCAUUUUACAGUUUUGAAUAAAAGUGGCCCUGGUGAUGGAUUCUUUAGCUCUGCAUUUCAGUCUCGUCUCAUUGGUAAUAACUUACACAAUGCCACAAUGCCAGAAUAUAUUGCUUAUGGAUCAAUAAUUACAAUGAAGAAUGUGCAGACUGCAGGGGGAUAUCUGCACUCUCACUGGCAUCUCUAUCCAGAAGGGGUUGGAGCACGACAACAGCAGGUUACAGCAUAUUUACACAAGGAUGAUAACAAUCUUUGGAUUGUCAGGAAACCUGAUCACACCACAGAUCCAGAUGGCCCUGCCCAGUAUGUACGACAUGGAGAUGUAGUCAAGCUUGAACACAAAGAGACAUCACGGAAUAUGCACAGUCACCAGCACGAAGCACCUCUGACUAAGAAGCAUUUCCAGGUCACAGGAUAUGGAAUAAAUGGCACAGGGGAUGCGAAUGAUUUCUGGAGAAUUGAGGUGAUUGGGGGACAGAAUGGGGACCUGAUUAAAGUCCUCAGGAGUAAAAUUCGAUUAAUCCACGUGGCGACUGGCUGUGUUCUGUACUCUUCUGGGAAGUCAUUGCCCAAGUGGGGAUGGGAGCAGGUUGAAGUCAGCUGUAGUCCUUACCUUAAAGAAACCCCCAACUCGUUGUGGAACACUGAGGAUCAUAUUAAUGCCAAAUUGCCGAAUAUCAGCCUGGAGGUGUUGAAACCAUCAUUCUCUGAGAUACUACUGGAAUCUCAUGUCGUCAUGAUACGGGGUAACAGUGGCCUAAAACCCAAAGACAAUGAGCUCACUUCAAAACCCUGGCACUGGCCAAUCAAUUAUCAGGGUCUUCGUUUUUCUGGCACAAAUGAGACUGAAUAUCGAGUUUAUUUAUUAGGAAACCCCGUGAUUUGGUGGCUGAACCUUUCAAGCCUUCUUAUCUACCUGCUUCUCUUCAGCAUUACAGUUGUCUACUUACAGCGAGGAUAUCAGCCCAUUCAUUUGGUCAGAGAGCGCUGUUACAUUAUUCUGCGUGCAGCCAGGCACGUGUUGCUGGGUUGGAUCCUGCAUUAUUUACCAUUCUACCUGAUGGGCCGAAUUCUCUACUAUCAUCACUACUUCCCGGCAAUGCUCUUUAGCAGCAUGUUAACAGCAAUUACCUGGCAUGUUCUGCUGCAAAGUUCUGACCUCUUCUUAAGCCAUCAGGUAGCCCGAAGAGUUUACACUGGUGGGGUUAUAUGCUUGAUUUUUGCCUGUAUGUACAGCUUCUAUUUGUUUCAUCCACUGGCCUAUGGGAUGGUUGGCCCGUAUGCUCAGGAUCCUCACAGUCCAAUGGCAGGGUUGAGGUGGAUGGAGUCUUGGGAAUUCUAAACCUCACUGAGCUCAGACACGAGUGACAGCAGCCGUUCAGUGUCAGAGCAUUGCCACAACGCUAAAGCGAAGAUUCUGUGAAGAGGAAUGGGGCGACUUGCUUUGCCAAACUUUUCAUCAAUUCUUCUCAUCUUCAACACAAACAAUGGUGUUAUUAAACAGACAUUUGUGAGAGUUUACUUGGAGUAUUAUGGUCACAGAUUCACAGGCAUAUUGCUGGAACUGGAGGCCUUUAGUUAUAAGAAUAGAAUGGAUAAUAGAUAGAUAGAUGUACUUUAUUGAUCCCGAGGGAAAUUGGGUUUUGUUACAGCCGCACCAACCAAGAAUAGAGCAUAAAUAUAGCAAUACAAAAACCACAAACAAUCAAACAAUAAAAUGCAAACUAUGCCAGAUGGAAAAUAAGUCCAGGACUAGUCUAUUGGCUCAGAGUGUCUGACCCUCCACGGGAGGAGCUGCAAAUUCAAUGGCCACAGGCAGUAACGACCUCCCUUGCCGCCCAGUGUUGAAUCUCAGUGGAAUGUGGCCGAAGUCCAACAGUAAAAAGUUCAAUAUCCGGUCUACAAACACAUUCCUCGAUCGUAAUAUGACCCGGAUUACACCAUCUGUUGUUAACCAGAACAGUAAGCACCCAACUCCUUUACGCUUACUACUCUCAGUGCACUUCUGGUCAGCCCGAACGGUCUGGAAGCCGUCCAUGGAAAAGUUUUGAUUGGGUAUGUCCUCGUGCAGCCCCGUUCCAGUGAAACACAUAACACUGCACUCCCGAAAUAUUCUCUGACGCCUGGCUAGUGCCGUGAACUCGUCCAUUUUAUUACCUACCGAACUCCUCUUCUCCAUAAGUCUCCAUAAGCUGGGACUGUUGUCUCUAAACCAAAGUAUAAUAUUUCUUUAUGGAGGUAUAUCCCUCUUGUGGAUAAGGUAGAUUGUCACAGACUUAUCCCAGGGUAGGGAGUAGAACUAGACGCAUGGAUAUGUGAACAUAGAAAGAUUUAAAGGGGACCUGCAGGUGAUGGAUAUGUGGAACAAAGUGCCAGGGGAAGUGGUAGGGGUGGUUGUGUAAAUAACCCUACAGGGCUGGUGGAAAAGGCAGAAACAUUAGGGCCUUUUAAGAUGCUCUUAGAUAGGGAUAUUGAGGAACACAUAGCAAGGAAGGGUUAGAUUGAUCUUAGAGUAGGUUAAAAGAUCAGUGCACGAUUGUGGACUGAAGGGCCUGUGCUGUUCUAUGUUCUAAAGGACAUUUAUAGACAAUAGGUGCAAAAGUAGACCAUUCAGCCCCUCGAGCCUGCACCGCCAUUCUGAGAUCAUGGCUGAUCAUCUACUAUCAAUACCCGGUUCCUGCCUUGUCCCAAUAACCCUUGAUUCUCCUAUCCAUAAGAUACCUAUCUAGCUCCUUCUUGAAAGCAUCCAGAGAAUUGGCCUCCACUGCCUUCUGAGGCAGCACGUUCCACACCUCCACAACUCUCUGGGAGAAGAAGUUCCUCCUCAACUCUGUCCUAAAUGACCUACCCCUUAUUCUUAAACCAUGCCCUCUGGUACUGGACUCUGCCAGCAUCUGGAACAUAUUUCCUGCCUCUAUCUUGUCCAAUCCCUUAAUAAUCUUAUAUGUCUCAAUCAGAUCCCCCCCUCAAUCUCCUUAAUUCCAGCGUGUACAAGCCCAGUCUCUCUUAACCUCUCUGCGUAAGACAGAGGAACAAGGACAAGAAAGAUUUAGAGCAGAUUCUGGAUUGGGUGUUGUGCAAUGAACUGGAAUGUGGCCUAAUCAAUGUUUUAUCCAGUGGCAAUAUGGCUGUUCAGUUUUUGAUGCAUUAAGGGCCUGUACUCAGUGGAAUUUAGAAGAAUGCAGGGGGAUCUCAUUGAAACCUACAGAAUGUUGAAAGGACUAGAUAGUGUGGAUGUGGAGAGGAUGUUUCCUAUGGUGGGGUAUCCAGAACUAGAGGGCACAGUCUCAAACUUGAGGGGCGACCCUUUGGAACAGAGGGAAGAAGGAACUUUUUUUAGUCAGAGUGUAGUAAAUCCGUGGAAUGCUCUGCCACAGACUGCGGUGGAGGUCAAGUCUGUAGGUAUAUUUAAGGCGGCAGCUGAUUGUUUCCUGAUUGGUCAGGGCAUCAAAGGGUAUAGCAAGAAGCCAGGUGUAUGGGGUUGAGUGGGAUCUGGGAUCAGCUAUUGAUGGAAUGGCGGAGCAUACACAAUGGGCUGAGUGGUCUAAUUCUGCUCCUAUGUCGUAUAGUCUUAUGGAAUUGAUUCACGAGCUUAAGGUAAAGGAACUCUUAGGGGCCAGUGAUCAUAAUAUGAUAGAAUUCACCCUGCAAUUUGAGAAGGAGAGGCUAAAGUCAGAUAUGUCAGUAUUACAGAGGAGUAAAGGGAAUUACAGAAGCAUGAGAGAAGAGCUGGUCAAAAUUGAUUGGAAAAGAACAUUGGCAGGGAUGACAGCACAGCUGCGAUGGCUGGAAUUUCUGGAAGCAAUUCGGAAGGCGCAGGAUAUAUAUAUAUAUCCCAAAGAGGAAGAAGUAUUCUAAAGGCAAAGUGACAAAACUGUGGGUAACGGGAAGUCAAAGCUAGCAAAAAAAAAAGCCAAAGAGAGGGCAUAUAACAGAACAAAAAUUUGUGGGAAGUUAAAGGAUUGGGAAAUUUUUAAAACCAGCUAAAAAAAAUGAUUAAGAAGGAAAAGAUAGAAUACAAAGGCAAGCUAACCAAUAAUAUUGAAGAGGAUACCAAAAGUUUCUUCAGAUACAUGAAGUGUAAAAGAGAGGUGAGAGUAGAUAGGGGACCGCUGGAAAAUGAUGCUGGAGAGGUAGAAAUGGGGAACAAGGAAAUGCGGGAUGAGCUGAAUAAGUAUUUUUCAUCACUCGUCACUGUGAAAGACACUAACAGUAUGCCAGAAGUUCGAGAGUGCAGGGGUCAGAAGUGUGUGAAGUUGCCAUUAUUAGGCAAAAGGUACUUGGGAAACUAAAACGUCUGAAGCAUAGAACCAUAGAACACUACAGCACAGUACAGGCCCUUCAGUCCUCGAUGUUGUGCCGACCCAUAUAAUUCCUUAAUAAAAAAAGUACUAAACCCACACUACCCUGUAACCCUCUAUUUUUCUUUCAUCCAUGUGCCCGUCCAAGAGGCUCUUAAAUACCCCUAAUGUUUCAGCCUCCACCACCAUCCCUGGCAAGUUAUUCCAGGCACCCACAACCCUCUGUGUAAAAAAAAACUUAGCCCGAUGUCUCCCCUAAGCUUCCCUCCCUUAACUUUGUACAUAUGCCCUCUGGUGUUUGCUAUUUGUGCCCUGGGUACUGGCUAUCCACCCUAUCUAUGCCUCUCAUAAUCUUGUAGACCUCUACCAAAUCCCCUCUCAUCCUUCUACACUCCAAAGAGAAAAGUCCUAGCUCUGCUAACCUUGCCUCAUAAGACUUGUUUUCCAAUCCCCGCAACAUCCUGGUAAAUCUCCUCUGCACCCUCUCCAUAGCUUCCACAUCCUUCCUAUAAUGAGGUGACCAGAAUUGAACACAAUAACUAAGUGUGGUCUCACCAGAGAUUUGUAGAGUUGCAACAUGAUCUCUCUACUCUUGAACUCAAUCCCCUAUUAAUGAAGCCUAGCAUCCCAUAGGCCUUUUAACUACCCUAUCAACAGGUGCAGCGACCUUGAGGGAUGUAUGGAUUUGAACCCCAAGGUCCCUUUGUUCAUCCACACUCUUAAGUAACUGACCAUUAACCCUGUACUCAGCCUUCUGGUUUGUCCUUCCAAAAUGCAUCACCUCACACUUAUCCAGAUUGAACUCCAUCUGCCACUUUUCUGCCCAACUCUGCAUCCUGUCUAUAUCCUCUUGUAACCUUCGACAACCUACAGCUCCAUCCACAACUCCUCCAAUCUUUGUGUCAUCUGCAAACUUACUCACCCAUUCUUCCGCCUCUUCAUCCAGGUCAUUUAUAAAAAUGACAAAUAGCAGGGGUCCCAGGACAGAUCCCUGCAGCACUGACCUCCAGACAGAAUACUUUCCUUCCACAACUACCCUCUGCUUUCUUCCCUUUAGCCAAUUUCUUAUCCAAACAGCCAAGGUUCCACUGAUCCCAUGCCUCGUGACUUUCUGGAUGAGCCUCUCGUGAGGGACCUUGUCAAAUGCCUUGCUAAAAUCCAUGUAGACCACAUCUACUGCCAUACUCUCAUCAAUUUUUUUUUGUUACCUCUUCAAAGAGCUCAGUUAGGCUCGUGAGGCAUGAUCUUCCCUUCACAAAGCCAAGUUGACUAUCCUUGAGUAGACUGUACUUCUCCAAAUGCUCGUAGAUCCUUUCCAAUAGUUUGCAGACCACCAACGUAAGACUC